AUGUUUAAGUUGCAAGUUGUGUUGGUGCCUGCGGGCGCUAAUAGAAGUUUCAAUUUUGGUUUACCUUCUGUAUCAUCAGAAUCCUCUCAGUUUAUUCUGCCUGUCCAACAACAGGUUCUGCAACAGGGAGGAAAUGCUCCCCAAUUAGCGAAUAAUAUUCCGGCUCAGAAUGGAAUUGGGGCUCUAGACCCAAAUGUAUCAACAAAUACAGCGUAUCUUUCCAGUUUUAUGACCUCCCAUAUCACAAGACCGAAACUCAAAAAAUUCUUAAUAUUUACGAAACCAACAAAUACGUUAUAUCAGCUCUCGCAGGAAAUAUUAGACAAAUGUAACAAAAUUUACCCCAAUUUAUCAACAGAAUUAGAAAUCGAUACCUUACAAGAUGUAGAUGAAUGUGAUUUGGAUCCUGAUUUUGUCGUAAAAGAUGUGUUCAAUGUUUACAAUACAGUUCGCGUAAUCUUAAGAAAUGAUGUUGACUUAGAAUCUAAUCCAGAUAGGCAAGAAUCAUUAUACUCUUCCAAGAGAAGAAAGUUGAAUAACGGGAACUCUCAACAAAACACCUCGACAGGUGCAACAUUAGAUCAACCCGUAACAGUUGCAAAAAGGAGACCGCAAGCAUUAAAAAACUCUGCAUUGAGGAUAUCUACACCCUUGGCGCACCAAAUUUAUCCUCCUCCGAGUCAAAGAAAUCCGAAACAAGUAAAUUCUGACUAUGAAGAGGAUGAGUAUGGGGAUGAUGAAAUAGGUGAUAAAUCCAUUUUACCACCUCCAACUGUUCCUCAAUCCCCUCCAAUUAGAAUAAGUUCAAGUAUUGCGCAAAAACGAUUGAAAAUUAACGGCUCAGAAGAUACUGUGUCAAAAUCAGAAACAGUCGAUCCAAGUAAAGCUAAACAGCAAAGAUUACCAUCAGGCACUCCAAUGAAACCAAUGAACGUUAUAGAGACACCUAAUAGACCAGGUUUCUUAGCAAUGCCUCAGCAAGCACAGCAUUUGUUAAGAAUUAAUUCUACUCCGGUGGUCACCAAUAAAAGGAUUACUUCAGGAAUGCUACGCAUUCCCGAACCCAGGAUUUCGGAGAUGGAAAGAACAAUGCAUGAAGGUCUUUCUUCUCCAGCUGCUGGCCUUCUGCCACCUAAGUCAGCUAAAAUUCCAAUGAAAAAACAGUAUAUUCCUGACGAGCACGAUUCCUCUAGCUCUGAAGGAGAAUUUACUGAAGACAAAGAAAGCGUUCCGGUCCGAGUCAACUCAAAAGCUCCAUUGCCAGUUAGUGUGCAGAGUCGUGCACCUUCAUCCAUUGCCGAUGAUAACGGUUCUCCGACAAAGAAAAGUCCUCUAGAUGCUACUAAGCGCAUGAAUGUCAAAGUAGCUGACCUUCCACCACAGAGGAAAAGUUCUUUGGAGGCGAAAGUGGAAAAAUUAGCUAAAAAUGCAUCAGAACUAGUAGCUGAUAACCAUUUAUCAAGCAAUACUACGAGAAAAGAAGGGUUCAGUGAAUCGGAAUCUGAAAAUGCAGAAAGUGAAAAUGAGGCCAAUGAUACUGUAUGCAUUCAUCCAACUGACCGAAUGGAUGGUAGUUUCCAGAAAUCCGAGUUGCUCGAAUUAUUGAAGGGGUCUAAAUUCGAUGUCCCUCCGGCCUUCAGAAGAGCUGCUGGAGCUUUACAGGAAAAUGAUAUUAAUAAACGAUCGAGAAAACCAUAUCUUACGGUAUUAAACAAAGAUAUCGACAAUAGUGAACCUGAUCCAAGAAAUAUCCUACCUUCAAAGCUCCCAAGACAGGCUGCUCAAAAAGCAGCCCAAUUCAUCUCUACAGGAACCUCAAGGAGACCGUUGCAGUCUUCGUCUUCUUCUUCUUCUUCUUCUGCAGUCGUUAGUGAAGAACCAUCUUCAGAUAGUGACAUUGAAACAGAAAAUAGUGAUAAUAGCAUGGAUGAAGUCAACCUCAAAAGACUAAAUGUGCAUCCAUUAAGACCAGUUAUGGUACCGGUUGAGGAAACUCAGGAUACAAAUGAGCUUAACAAGACAAAUUCAGCUAAUUCAUCAUCAUCCUCUUCAGAAGAAAGCGAAAGUGCUGAUGAACCAGGAAAUGAGGAAGGAAAAGCUGCUGGUUCAGAAAAUCCACAGAAAUCAGAAAGUAAGGUCGACCAAAUGAAGAGUGUUUCCCAGCCUGCCAAAGUCACUAGCUCGAGGCUAAUAACAUUGAAGCCUGUUGAUACACCCAAGGAAGUGACGCCGUCGCCUUCGAUGCAGCUACAUGAUAAGAUAGAUCGCCAGCUUUCGCCUUCCCCUACUAGGAAUAAAAAGGAUUAUAUCUCCCCUGAGUUCAUAGAGGAUUCCGAUGGUGAUGCUGAAAAUGAGAAUAUAACAUUAUCCCAAAGAUCCCAAAAUAACAAAGAAAACACGGAACCCUCCUUUAACAAAGAAAAUAGCGAAGACAUCAAACUGAAGAAAAUAACACCAUCCGUAUUGAAAAAGAAGCAAGAAGCAGAACAAAGAAGAUUACAGCGAGAAGCAGCCAGAAAAGCGAAAGAGGAAGAGAAGGAAAGAAGACGGGCCGACAGAGAAGCUGCUAGAAGAGCAAAACAAGAGGAGCAAGAAAGAAAGAGAGCUGAAAGAGAAGCUGCCAAAAGAGCGAGACAAGAGGAGAUUGCUCGCAAGAAAGCUGAAUCUACAACGAAAAAAGGACCGAAAGAAACUAAGAAAAAUGGAGAUAUAACCCCCAAGGUAAUUGAGAGAGCAGAGACCGAAUCUUCGGCCAACGGCACACCUGCAAAAAAAGCUGCUGAAUCUGGUGUACAGUCACCUGACUCUCCAUCAAGAGCAUCAAAGUUAGACGAACUACGGAAUAAAUUCGCUGUUGGGAAAGCGUCCAUAACAGGUCCGCCUAAGAAAACUAUUAAUAAACCUAUCAAACUUCAGUUGUCUUCUACUUCAACCAGCAAUACAAGUUCAGAUUCCGACGGCUCUUCAGGUUCAGAGAGCUCAACUUCGUCAGAAAAUGAAACAUCUAUGACAAAAAAGACACGUAGAGGUAUUGUAGAUACUCCGAAGGGAUUAAUUGGCUCGAUCUCUAAAAGCGCUAUUGACAAAGGUACUUCUGAUCUGGAGAAUGCCCCACAAUCAACACAACAAAGCAACUCAUCCCCAAUUAAGGUUCCAGUCACCAAGAUGAUGGAAUAUGCUUCUCCAACCGCAAACAAAUCUUCUGCGAAGUCUGUUUUAGUUUCCCCUCCAUCCAAAGCUACUAAAGUCAAUAGACAAACAUUAUCUCGGAACUCAUUGAGCUCGUUGUCUGACUUAGUUUCUAGAGGGGUUCCAGAAGUCAAGGAAAAAUCUGCUGCAAAGACUGUUCCCCAACCCGAAAGUUCUAGUUUGAGUGAAGAGGAUGAACUUCAGUCAGGGACCGAUGAUAGUAGUGAUAGUGAUAGUGACAGCGAUUCGUCAGAUGAUGGAUCUGAUACUAAUUUUAUUAAUGCAAAAUCUGCAUCUAAAGCAUUGGGAAAGAAGAAAACUGACAGUGGUUUCAGUUCUCUAAUCAAAGACUCCAAAAAAAUAUGA